AGUAUGUAGCCCUGCCCGCGUUCGUCAGUCCCUCCGCUCCCAAAACAAGGAAAAGUAUAGAAACAAAUAGUUUCUUUAUCAGCGCUUUUAAGUUUUACUUUGCCACUCCAUUUGCGCGACCGAAUUAGUUUUAUUAGGAAAAGCGCGCGCACCCGGACACCGUCACCACCGCAGCGCUGGAUUAUUGUUUUUUCCACAACUGCACAUCACAUAGUAUGUCAAAUAUGGGGAACUUUAUUGUAAUCUGUUAACUGAAAUUUUAAUUAAUACAGGCGAGCGAUCAUAGUGCAGGUGUGUCGUGGUUUUGUGUACUUUGCCGACAGCAGAAGAGCAGUUAUUCUUCACUGAGACUGAGAAUGGGGCAUCCUGCACUGGAGUUCAGCGACUGUUACUCCGACAGCCCCGAUUUCAGAGAGAGAUUGAAAUGCUACGAAAACGAGCUGGAGAAAACCAACAAGUUCCUAAAGGAUGUCAUCAAGGACGGGAACAAUGUGAUCAACACGUUUAAAGAGUACUCGCUAGCUGUGCAGAAGUUCUCUCAGACUCUUCAGUCUUUCCAGUUUGAUUUCAUCGGUGACACUCUGACUGAUGAUGAGAUGAACAUCGCUGAGUCAUUUCGUGAGUUUGCUGGUUUGCUGCAGGACGUGGAAGAGGCCCGAAUGAUGCUGGUUCAGAAUGCUUCUGACCUGCUUAUCAAACCUUUGGAAAAGUUCAGGAAAGAGCAGAUUGGAGUGACAAAAGAGAGACGAAAGAAGUUUGAGAAGGAAAGUGAAAAGUAUUACUCUCAGCUGGACAAGCACGUGAACUUGUCCUCAAAGAAAAAAGAGACACAGCUACAGGAGGCUGAUGAACAGUUGGAUAAGGAGCGUCAGGCUUUUUAUGAAUCGUCUGUUGAAUAUGUAUACCAGAUCCAGCAGGUUCAGGAAAAGAAGAAGUUUGAUGUUGUGGAGCCUGUUUUAGCAUUUCUACAGAGCAUCCUGACGCUGAAUAAUCUCACCGUUGAGAUGUACACUUUCAGAAAUAAAGGUACAAAAUUUAACACUGGGGAGAUACCUUUUCAAAAGGUACAGUUUUGUACCAUACAGGUGGACAUUAGUACCUUUAUGGUACACUUUUGUACCUUUAAUCUUUACUUUUGUACUUUUAAGAUACCAUGAGGUACACACUUGUACUUUUUAGGUAUUAAUAUGUACCUUUAAGGACCAGUUAGGAAGAAAAAUAUACCUUUUAAAAAGGUACCACCCCAGUGACAGAGUAUAGAUAUGACUUUCAGUAUCGAGUUUCUGUUGGUCAUUGUGAAUCUAUAAUGUGAACGCUAAAGCUUUUAAGUCUAGUUCUCACUUGUGGAAAUGGAAACCAUUCAUGUUGAUGUGUUUUUGGUACGUUCCAAUUUCAGGUCACUUUAUAAGAGCCCUGUAUACAUUCUCCUUUGUCGUAUUAUUGUCAUCUCAAAGCUCCAGCUGUGAUUUUAUGUUGUUUUUGUAAAUAUUUGAUUGUUUCUUAAGCAUUAACUCUUCGUAACAAUCACUAAACCAUGUUUGUUUGUUUGAAUGUACUGCUGCAAGAAAAUGCAACUUUAUACAAAA